AAAUGGGAGUAGAUAUAUCACUGGUCAGUGUUGGAGCAUUAUUUUUUCUUGCGUUGCUCCUUUUGGUACUGAUUACCAGUCGACGAAACACUCAUUCGCAAGGAAAGGAUAAAAAUAGAGCAAAUAUUGGACUUCUGCAGCAUCUGUAUCAGUUUGUUCACAGUUCUGCAAAACCUUCUCUCCCCGGCCCCCCGAGUCGCUUCCUUAUUGGCAACAUGAUGGAACUGACACACGAUCACUUACCGAUUCACCUGACCAAUCUGGGCCAACGCUAUGGAAGCAUCUACCGCUUAAAAUGUGGAAAAACAACCAUGGUGGUGCUCAACAGUUGUGAAGUCAUCAGAGAAGCACUGGUGAAGAAAUGGUCUGAUUUUGCUGGGCGACCAAUGUCCUACACAGGAGACAGUGUAUCUGGAGGAGGGCGUAACAUUUCUCUGGGAGAUUACACCGAGGAGUGGAGGGCACACCGGCGUCUCGUCCAUAGUGCCUUGCAGCGCUGCUGCCAGCAGUCUUUACAUGGGGUGAUUGAGAGACAGGCUUUGCAUUUGAGAAAGGUUCUGAUGGACUAUCAAGAGAGUGCUGUUGACCUCUCAGAAGAUUUUACUGUGGCAGCCAGUAACGUCAUCACCACUUUAGCUUUCGGAAAAGAAUAUGAUAAGACGUCACCAGAGCUGCAGGAGUUGCACAGCUGCCUGAACAAGAUUGUUGCCCUGUGGGGUUCCUCAUGGAUUUCAGCCCUGGAUUCCUUUCCACUGCUGAGAAAAUUACCAAAUCCCGUGUUUGCUCGUCUUCUCAAAGAGGUGGCCAGGAGGGAUGCCAUCAUAAAACAGCACCUUAACAGUUACAAGGCACAAAACAAAAUAAACGAGGAUGCUAUAACAGGAUUCCUCCUUCAAGGCCUUGACAAACAUCAAAGCACAGAAAAUGGAGAGCUCCUGACUGACGUUCAUGUCCACAUGGCCACUGUGGAUCUCCUCAUUGGUGGAACAGAGACUGCAGCAGCUUGGCUCAACUGGACCGUGGCCUUCCUGCUGCACAGACCAGAGGUGCAGACCAGCGUAUAUGAGGAGCUGUGCAGAGUUUUAGAGGGCCGGUAUCCUAAAUACAGUGACAGACACAGACUCCCUGUGUUGUCCUCUCUUAUCAGUGAGAUGCUCAGACUCAGGCCGGUUGCUCCUUUGGCCGUCCCACACAGAGCCAUCAGGGACAGCAGCAUCGCAGGUUAUUUCAUCCCGAAGAACACAAUCAUCAUUCCUAAUCUUUUUGGAGCGCAUCACGAUCCAGCAGUUUGGUCCGAGCCGAACAGCUUCAAACCUGAGCGCUUUCAGGAGGGAGGUGGCGGCUCCGCUCGCUUCCUGAUGCCUUUUGGAGGGGGUGCUCGGCUCUGCCUGGGGGAGUCUGUUGCCAAAAUUGAACUCUUUCUGUUCACUGCUUACUUGCUGAGAGAUUUCCAGUUUGUCCUUCCUCAGAAUGAAUGUUCCCUGCCUGACCUCAGGGGGGUCGCCAGUGUUGUGCUUAAGAUCAAGGCCUACAAAGUCGUGGCAUGUCCUAGGCCUUGAACUAGUCCUUGGGUAGUAGUGUGAAGUUUCAUUGCUGUAAAUGUUUUUCUUUUGUUGUAUUUGAGUCAGAAGAAGUUCCUUAACACAUUCAACAUGUGGAUCUAACUUCUGGAAAGAACAGAGCAGCAAAAAUGUCUGGCCUUAACUUCUGUGUAGCAAGGCAAAUGGAUCAAUCUGUAUCUGAUUAUGUAAAGGAGACUCUAAUUUUGAAACAAUUAUGGCACCACCAAGUGGACAAACACUGUACACGCAUUUUGCUUUUCUUUUGCAUCUUCAUUUUUACAAAAAUGGCUGAAAAGAUUUUUAUAGGGUAAAUCUCACAAAGACAAAGAAGGUGAAGUCAUACUUUAAGAAAAUGAUUCAUAUUUUUCUGGAUUUGGUCACCAAAUGUCAUCAGGUUGAAUAAAGUAAAUAGGAAUAUUUAUAAGAACAUGGGAAACACAUCUAAAUUUGGUAAAAUAAUAUGACCAAAUUUACUCAAAAUGAGUGAACUUAUAUUUACACUUGAGGGACAGCUAUUUAUGUCUGAAUAUUAAGUUUUGUCUAUGUUGAAUAUUUUUUAAAAUCAGUAGCUCAAAAAUAUGGUUCAAAUGAACCAAAAUUAUAACUAAAUUUUACAUGUGUUUUAGUAGAGUAAAAACCAUGCCUAAAUGCACCAGUAUAUAUUUUUUUACAAACAUGGCACACCUAAACUUACAAACAAUACAGGAAAUAUUUUUUUCAAGUCAUGUCAUGUGUUUAUUAUCAGAGUUACAGCUCAAAAUCUAACUUUGUACAUUUAAUUCCCAAACAGCUCCUGUGCUGAGAGUAAACUUCUGUUGAAUCUGGA